GCGCACCGCCGGCCGGCGCGCCAUGGUGUGAGCCCCGCGGCCCGCCCGCCCGCGCUCGCCCGCGCUCCGAGGACGCGCCGGCGGCCUGCCCGUGCGGCCCGAGCCCCGGCGCCGCGGAGCUCCCCGGCCGCGGCCGCCGCUCUCGGGGCACGAUGGCGAACGACUCCCCCGCCAAGAGCCUGGUGGACAUCGACCUCUCGUCCCUGCGGGACCCUGCUGGGAUUUUCGAGCUGGUGGAAGUGGUUGGAAAUGGCACCUACGGACAAGUCUAUAAGGGGCGACAUGUCAAAACUGGGCAGCUGGCGGCCAUCAAGGUUAUGGAUGUCACCGAGGAUGAAGAGGAAGAAAUCAAACUGGAGAUAAAUAUGCUGAAGAAAUAUUCUCAUCAUAGGAAUAUUGCAACGUACUAUGGUGCUUUCAUUAAAAAGAGCCCUCCGGGACACGAUGACCAGCUGUGGCUUGUUAUGGAGUUCUGUGGGGCCGGGUCCAUCACAGACCUUGUGAAGAACACGAAAGGGAACACACUCAAAGAAGACUGGAUUGCUUACAUCUCCAGAGAAAUCCUCAGGGGACUGGCACAUCUCCACAUUCACCACGUUAUCCACCGAGACAUCAAGGGUCAGAAUGUGCUGCUGACUGAGAAUGCGGAGGUGAAGCUUGUUGACUUCGGCGUGAGCGCCCAGCUGGACAGGACGGUGGGACGCAGGAACACGUUCAUCGGCACGCCGUACUGGAUGGCCCCUGAGGUCAUCGCCUGCGAUGAGAACCCCGACGCCACCUACGACUACAGAAGUGACCUUUGGUCUUGCGGCAUCACGGCCAUUGAGAUGGCAGAAGGCGCUCCCCCUCUCUGUGACAUGCAUCCAAUGAGAGCGCUGUUUCUCAUCCCCAGAAACCCUCCUCCCAGGCUGAAGUCAAAAAAAUGGUCAAAGAAGUUCUUCAGCUUCAUAGAGGGCUGCCUGGUGAAGAACUACAUGCAGCGGCCCUCGACAGAGCAGCUGCUGAAGCACCCUUUCAUAAGGGAUCAGCCCAAUGAGAGGCAGGUUCGAAUCCAGCUGAAGGAUCAUAUAGACCGGACCAGAAAGAAGAGAGGGGAGAAAGAUGAAACCGAGUAUGAGUACAGUGGGAGUGAGGAAGAAGAGGAGGAAGUGCCUGAACAGGAAGGAGAGCCAAGCUCCAUCGUCAACGUGCCUGGAGAGUCUACCCUGCGCCGGGAUUUCCUGAGGCUGCAGCAGGAGAACAAGGAGCGCUCCGAGGCCCUGCGCAGGCAGCAGCUUCUGCAGGAGCAGCAGCUCCGGGAGCAGGAGGAGUAUAAGAGGCAGCUACUGGCCGAGCGGCAGAAGCGGAUUGAGCAGCAGAAGGAGCAGAGGCGGCGGCUGGAGGAGCAACAGCGGCGAGAGCGGGAGGCCAGGAGGCAGCAGGAGCGCGAGCAGCGGAGGCGCGAGCAGGAGGAGAAGAGGCGCCUGGAGGAACUGGAGCGCAGGCGCAAGGAGGAGGAGGAGCGGAGGCGGGCGGAGGAGGAGAAGAGGAGAGUGGAGCGGGAGCAGGAGUACAUCAGGCGGCAGCUGGAGGAGGAGCAGCGGCACCUGGAGAUCCUGCAGCAGCAGCUGCUCCAGGAGCAGGCCAUGCUACUGGAGUGCCGCUGGCGGGAGAUGGAGGAGCACCGGCAGGCAGAGAGGCUCCAGAGGCAGUUGCAACAAGAACAAGCAUAUCUCCUGUCUCUACAGCACGACCACAGGAGGCCGCAGCCGCAGCCGCCGCCGCCGCCGCAGCCGCAGCCGGACAGGAGCAAAGCCAGCUACCAUGCUCCAGAGCCCAGGCCUCCUCACUAUGACCCUGCUGACAGAGCGCGCGAGGUGGAAGAUAGAUUUAGAAAGACUAACCACAGCUCCCCCGAGGCCCAGUCUAAGCAGACAGGCAGAGGAGCCGAGCCGCCGGUGCCGUCCCGGUCAGAGUCCUUCUCCAGCGGCAACUCCGAGUCUGUGCACCCCGCCCUGCAGAGACCAGCGGAGCCCCAGGUCCAGUGGUCCCACCUGGCAUCUCUCAAGAACAAUGUUUCCCCUGUGUCGAGGUCCCAUUCCUUCAGUGACCCUUCUCCUCCCAAAUUCGCACACCACCAUCUUCGUUCUCAGGACCCAUGCCCGCCCUCCCGCAGUGAGGCGCUCAGUCAGAGCUCUGACUCUAAGUCAGAGGGACCCGACCCCACCCAAAAGGCGUGGUCUAGAUCAGACACUGACGAGGUGCCUCCAAGGGUUCCCGUGAGAACAACGUCCCGCUCCCCUGUCCUGUCCCGUCGGGAUUCCCCACUGCAGGGCAGUGGACAGCAGAAUAGCCAAGCAGGACAGAGAAACUCUACCAGCAGUAUCGAGCCCCGGCUCCUGUGGGAGAGAGUGGAAAAGCUGGUUCCCAGGCCAGGCAGCGGCAGCUCCUCAGGGUCCAGCAACUCAGGAUCCCAGCCUGGCUCCCACCCUGGCUCCCAGAGCGGCUCCGGUGAACGCUUCAGAGUGAGAUCGUCAUCCAAGUCUGAAGGCUCACCAUCCCAGCGCCUUGAAAAUGUAGCCAAAAAGCCUGAAGAGAAAAAAGAAGUAUUCCGACCCCUCAAGCCCGCUGACUUGACUGCGUUGGCCAAAGAACUCCGGGCGGUAGAGGACGUGCGGCCACCGCACAAAGUGACCGACUACUCGUCCUCCAGUGAGGAGUCUGGGACCACGGACGAGGAGGAGGAGGACGGGGAGCAGGAGGGCGCCGAGGACUCCACCUCAGGCCCGGAGGACGCCCGAGCAGCGUCGUCUCUGAAUCUGAGCAACGGUGAAACAGAAUCUGUGAAAACCAUGAUCGUUCAUGAUGACGGGGAGAGUGAGCCGGCCAUGACCCCGUCCAAGGAGGGCACGCUGAUUGUCCGCCAGAGUACAGUUGACCAAAAGCGUGCCAGCCAUCAUGAGAGCAAUGGCUUUGCGGGGCGCAUUCACCUCUUGCCAGAUCUCUUACAGCAAAGCCAUUCCUCCUCCACCUCCUCCACCUCCUCCUCCCCAUCCUCCAGCCAGCCGACACCCACCAUGUCCCCACAGACACCCCAGGACAAGCUCACUGCUAAUGAGACUCAGUCCGCUAGUAGCACACUCCAGAAACACAAAUCUUCCUCCUCCUUUACACCUUUUAUAGACCCCAGGUUACUACAGAUUUCUCCAUCUAGUGGGACGACAGUUACCUCUGUGGUGGGCUUUUCCUGCGAUGGAAUGAGGCCAGAAGCCAUAAGGCAAGACCCUACUCGGAAAGGCUCAGUGGUCAAUGUGAACCCCACCAACACUAGGCCACAGAGUGAUACCCCCGAGAUCCGUAAAUACAAGAAGAGGUUUAACUCGGAGAUACUGUGUGCUGCCUUAUGGGGCGUGAAUCUGCUGGUUGGUACAGAGAGCGGGUUGAUGCUCCUGGACAGAAGCGGCCAAGGGAAAGUGUACCCGCUGAUCAGCCGGAGACGCUUCCAGCAAAUGGAUGUGCUCGAGGGCCUAAAUGUCCUGGUGACGAUAUCCGGCAAAAAGGAUAAGUUGCGUGUAUACUAUUUAUCCUGGUUAAGAAACAAAAUCCUUCAUAAUGACCCUGAAGUGGAGAAGAAGCAAGGGUGGACCACGGUGGGCGACCUGGAAGGAUGUGUGCACUAUAAAGUUGUAAAAUAUGAAAGAAUCAAGUUUCUGGUGAUUGCUUUAAAGAGUUCUGUGGAAGUCUACGCGUGGGCACCGAAGCCAUACCACAAAUUCAUGGCUUUUAAGUCGUUUGGAGAACUGGUCCAUAAGCCAUUACUGGUAGAUCUCACUGUUGAGGAAGGCCAGAGGUUGAAAGUGAUCUAUGGCUCCUGUGCCGGAUUCCAUGCUGUCGAUGUGGAUUCGGGCUCAGUCUACGACAUUUAUCUACCAACACACAUCCAGUGCAGCAUCAAGCCCCACGCGAUCAUCAUCCUCCCCAACACGGACGGCAUGGAGCUCCUGGUGUGCUACGAGGAUGAGGGGGUGUACGUAAACACCUAUGGGAGGAUCACCAAGGACGUGGUUCUGCAGUGGGGCGAGAUGCCCACCUCUGUAGCGUAUAUCCGAUCGAAUCAGACAAUGGGCUGGGGAGAGAAGGCCAUAGAGAUACGAUCUGUGGAAACCGGUCACUUGGAUGGCGUGUUUAUGCACAAAAGGGCUCAGAGACUAAAAUUCUUAUGUGAACGCAAUGACAAGGUGUUCUUUGCCUCCGUGCGGUCCGGGGGCAGCAGUCAGGUUUAUUUCAUGACCUUAGGCAGGACUUCUCUCCUGAGCUGGUAGAGGCAGUGUGAGCUGGGAUCACCAGAGUCAAGACCCCGAGAACUCGGAAUUCCGUGCAACUGGAGCUCAGCUGUGUCGGGUCAGCCAGGACAGCUGCACAUGCGGGCCUCUUGUGUGUUGGAUCCUCUCUCCCCUCCUUCCUACACUUCUUGCCAGUCUGUUCCCACUUUCUCCUGCUCCUUUCUCAAAAAUAAAUCCGGGCUGCAUUGCAGCUGGUGCUGUUAGACUCUACCACCGGUGCUAGGAGUGUUUGGGGAGCAGCAGCCGACCAGCAAGAGCGCCCUUCCUUCAGCUCCAGAAUUCCUUGUCUCUGCGCGACUCUGGCCUGUGCAUGUCUGACAGCUGUGAUGGGCACACCGUCAGACGUUGGCAGUGGGCACAAGGAGGUGAAAAGUGUCAGCAGCAGCUUGCUGAAGCAGAGGACAGAUUUAAUAUAGUAACAUUAACAAUGUAUUUAAUUGACAUUUCUUUUUUGUAAUGUGACGACAUGUGGACAGAGAAGAAGGUGCAGGUUUAAGAAGUUAAUAUUUAUAAAAUGUGAAAGACACAGUUACUAGGAUAACUUUUUGUGGGCGGGGAUUAGGGUGGGCUGGGGUGGACUGAGGGGUCCCGGUUUGUUUCUUUGAAGUUUUUUUGGAAGGGGUUGUCCUGGCCAAGAACUCAGUCAUUUUUCUGUGUACCAAGUUUUGCCUAAAUUGUGCAGAUGGUUCUUAAAAAAAGAAGAAGAAAGAAAAGAAAAAGAAGGUGUGUCGUCUUGUUCGGUGGCCAGGUGUUCGUUGUGUGACAGUAUUAGCACUGCCUCAGCUAAAGGUUUAAUUUCUGUUUGGGCCUCGAGUGCAGCUGUGGUCUGCACGCGCGGGAGGAAGAGUCUGCCUUCCUGUGGGUUCUGUUCUGUUUUUUGCCUACCUCAUUGUCUCCAAUGCAUUGAGAGGUGACUUAGCUUAUGGUUUUGGCAGAAAACAUUAAUGUUUAACUUAACCUUAAUACCAAAAUUAUCUGAUUGAAGUUUGGCUUAUUUUGUCACAAGUCUAGCCAGGUACAAGGAGACCUGUCUGGAGGCCCGGACUGGCCUGUGGCUGUCGCGGUGUCCUCUCGGGAGGCGGCGAGCUGUGUCCUCAGCAGACUGCGCAUUGCUGGUGGGCAGAGGGCAGCCGCCACCUGUGCCACAGCAGGCUUCACUGUUCACCGGGGUUUGGAAGCAGGCGGUCACGCUUGGGGAGUCAGACAAACUGUUCAUUGUUGCAGGAACCUUUUCUUGAGGGUGAGGUUGCGUCCCUUUUCUAAAAAUGCAAUGCACUAAAACUAUUUUGAGAAUGUAGUUGAUUCUACUUAUUCAUAAAGAUGGCAUCGCCCGCCGUGUGUUCUAGAUGUGACAUUGAAGCCCUGGCUUUCCCUUUUUUCUCACUUGCUCUCGUUCUGUUUUUUUUAAAACUAAUUUUUCUUUACGAAUAUGUCUGUGACAUUUGUAAUAAAUGUCUUGUAAUAA